AUGCGAUUGAGAACAUUGGGUGCGGAAAUCCUAGUAUACCCAUCAGCGUUUACAGUACGUACUGGUGCUGCCCACUGGGAGAUUCUGGCUCGCUCUAGGGCAAUUGAUACCCAAUCAUACGUUAUAAUGGCUGCCCAGACAGGUAAACAUGAUGCCGAAGGUAAACGUCAGAGCUACGGUCACUCGAUUAUAGUAGAUCCAUGGGGAACUGUGCUAGCACAAGCUCCAGAUACAGAUUUCGAGCCUCGUAUCAUCGUGGCUGAUAUUGAUCUCAGCAGUGUUCGCAAAGUGCGCCGAGACAUGCCCUUAUGGGAACAACGACGUCCUGACGUAUACGGAUAUUCUGUUUAA